AUGGAGAAGAACUACCAGCUGCAGCACUGCCAUUCAGACGUGACGGACAGCGUGACCGGCCACUCAGGGAAGGAGAGGAGGACUUCCUCGGCCAAUCCGUGGCGAGAGGAGGGCAAAACACAGCGGGAGCACGGGAAGAAGAGGCCCGACAGCAAAGGGAGAGGAGGUUGGCGCGUGGCAGAAAGAAGCACACCUGUCCUGCACGGCGGAGCGACGGUAGCGUGGCGGCGACGGAGGAGACAACCAGCCGAGACCGAGACUGAGACCAGACGAGGGGUUUCCCCCGGACAGCGCGACGGAGCUACAAGACUUGACCGCCAACGCCUUUUUACUCCGGCCUGGGUCGCCAGUCGUACUCGAGACCCGGGAAAACCGUGCCGUACCGGAGCUGACCCUGUGGCGGUGGUGAGACGCGAGGACCCGCCGAUCGGUGCCGAGACGCUACAAGAAACAAGAGACUUUAUAGACUCCUGGGUGCUGCGAGACCAGUUGCUGCUGGGUCUACGUGAAGGUUCGCUGUCCCAGGCCCUGAAGAUUUACGCUCGACGGAAUCCAGAUGAAACCUUUGCUGAACUUAGGAAGGAGGCACUGUUGCUUGAUGCAGAACAUGGAAACGCACAUCCAGAGGACACUAGCUGGAAAGAGACCCUGAAAAAGGAGAUCAUGGAGGAUGUGAAAUUGCAAAUGACUGGAUUCACACAAGAAUUAUUGAAAGAAAUUAAACCACUCCUCCAGCCGUCCAACACCUCCACCCAGCCUCCAACACAAUCCAGGAGGGAACGACGGCAACCAGCCUCACAGAUAAAUCACUGGGAUGAACAAGGAGUGCAAAUUGAAGGAGUUGAGCUGUCUGGACUGUUAGACACCGGGUCUCAGGUCACCCUGAUGCAGCAAAGUCUCUUUGAACAGCAUUUUACCCAGGCUAAGCUUGGUAAGACCCCCUUAGUUUUCCAGUUGCGGGCAGCUAACGGCCUUGAGAUUCCUUACACAAGCUAUGCUGUGUUGGAUAUGGUGAUAGAGGGUGUAGAGGUACCUGAACGGGGGGUGGUGAUAGUUAAAGAUGAGCACUGCACCCAACCACUCCUCAUUGGAAUGAAUGUUGUGACAGCCUGCUGGAAUGUUCUCUUUAAAUGGUCCGAUAAGUCUGCUUUUUCCCCAAAGAAGUUGCAAAGCCAGCAAAUAUGGAAGGGUGCAUUUGCCAAAUGUCGCCACAUUGAGGCCACUGCAGCAGAAGAUGGACUGUUGGGAUACGUGCGGCCGGCUAGCCGACGCGUCAUCAAAGUCCCCGCAAGGAGUGAGAUGCUGGUGUGGGGCCGGGCUCGGAUGGGCCCAGGAGGAGCAGACUAUUGUGCCCUGGUGGAGGCCCUACCAGGAACCAGCGACGUGGGAGUAGCCAGGACGCUAGCAGUGGUGAGAAAUGGCAGGGUACCUGUGAGAGUUUGUAACCCCCACUCUUACUGUUUGACUUUAGGUCGGUACCAAAAGCUUGGCAAACUGUACCACGUGGAUGAGGCUGACAUGCACGGACCCCGCGACCUGAACCUGUCCCUUGGAGAUGGCGAUGUUGUUGAGGUGGCGUUGGUGGAUUUGGCAGCUGAUCAAGAGAAUCAAGAACUGCCAAAAGAGGUGAGUGAGCUCACUAACCGAACAGAUCUGUCUGAGAAGCAGCUGGAGGAGCUGCGCACCCUGCUGCUGAAGUGGAAGAAAGUGUUUGCAUUACACGACGAGGAUUUUGGACGUACAGACCUGGUGCAUCACCGCAUUCACACUGGCGAUGCUCCACCUGUCAGAGAACGCUACCGACCCCUUCCCCCUGCCAUGUACAAGGAGAUGAAAUCCCUGCUCGCAGGUAUGCUAGAGAAGGGAGUCAUCAGGGAGAGCUGUAGCCCAUGGGCUGCACCCAUCGUGUUGGUGAGGAAAAAGGAUGGCAGUUGGAGAUUUUGUGUGGAUUAUAGGAAACUGAAUGCAGUAACCCAUAAAGAUGCAUUUCCUCUGCCCAGGAUUGAGGAGACCCUGACCAGCCUGACCCGAGCAGAGUGGUUCUCCACCCUUGACUUAGCUAGUGGCUACUGGCAAGUUGAGAUGGACCCCCAGGACAGGGAGAAGACGGCUUUCACCACACCACUCGGGCUGUUUGAGUUCGAGCGGAUGCCGUUUGGUCUAUGCAAUGCACCUGCUACGUUCCAACGGUUGAUGCAACAGUGUUUAAAUGGUCAACUGUCUGAAUCCGUGCUAGUGUAUUUAGAUGAUAUUAUCAUCUACUCACCUGACUUUUCCUCCCAUCUGCAACAUCUAGAUGAGGUGUUCCAUAGACUGUGGCGACAUGGUUUGAAACUGCGGCUGGACAAAUGUAAGCUGUUGCAGCCGGAAGUCAAAUUUCUGGGCCAUGUAGUGGAUCAAAAAGGGGUGAAGCCUGACCCAGACAAAAUCUCAGCAGUGCUAGACUGUCCUAUUCCUACCACCAUAAAGCAAGUACGAGCUUUCCUCGGCCUAGCUGGCUACUAUAGACGAUUUGUGUCUGGCUUUGCUAAAAUUGCACGUCCCCUGAACCAGCUACUGACAGGCAUCCCCGCUGACAAAAAGUUUGAAAAUCGUAAGGUACAGUGGUCCCCUGAAUGUCAGAUGUCUUUUGAUGAACUGAAAACAGCCUUGACACAAGCACCUGUUUUGGCGUAUGCAGAUUAUUCUCUUCCAUUCAUCGUCUACACAGACGCCAGUAACCAAGGGCUAGGAGCAGUCCUGGCUCAGGUUCAAGAGGGGAAAGAACGAGUGAUAGCAUACGCCAGCCGCAGCCUACAUCCAACAGAGCGGAAUGAUGCUAAUUACAGCUCCUUUAAGUUGGAACUUUUGGCUCUUAAGUGGGCGGUGACUGAAAAAUUCAAAGAUUACCUGACUGGUGCACAAUUUACUGUGUAUACGGAUAACAAUCCUGUUGCUCACCUGCAGACGGCCCGGCUGGGCGCAGUGGAGCAGCGCUGGGUGGCCCAGCUUGCUUUCUUUGACUAUAACAUAAAGUACCGCUCAGGUAAAAGUAAUGUCAAUGCAGAUGCACUGUCUCGGUUCCCAGCUAACCCUUUACCCACAGAUGUGUCAGGCCCAGGGCCUGAAAUGGAGGCGGCCGCAGUUACAGCCGCCAUUGAACUGACCCCUGAGGGAGGUGAGGAAGAGUGGGUUGGCAGUGAGUGGGAGGAGGCACAGACUGGAGAUCAGGACAUACAAGCGGUUAAGAGAUUGUGUGCCCCAGCUCUAGGAGACAAGAUGUCUGGAAGAGUGUCCAUGAAGCGGCUGCCCAUGCAGGAGUGGAGAGAACCCUAUCCCGGAUCCGGCAGCAGUUCUACUGGCCUGGUAUGGAGGGGGAGAAUAACCUGCACGUGUAGCAGACGUGACGGACAGCGUGACCGGCCACUCAGGGAAGGAGAGGAGGACUCCCUCGGCCAAUCCGUGGCGAGAGGAGGGCAAAACACAGCGGGAGCACGGGAAGAAGAGGCCCGACAGCAAAGGGAGAGGAGGUUGGCGCGUGGCAGAAAGAAGCACACCUGUCCUGCACGGCGGAGCGACGGUAGCGUGGCGGCGACGGAGGAGACAACCAGCCGAGACCGAGACUGAGACCAGACGAGGGGUUUCCCCCGGACAGCGCGACGGAGCUACAAGACUUGACCGCCAACGCCUUUUUACUCCGGCCUGGGUCGCCAGUCGU